AUGAACAACCUCCCACCUUCACCACCAAGACUGCCAAUAAUUGGAAACCUUCAUCAACUGGGUCCCAUCCCGCAUCGUUCGCUAAAAUCACUAGCUGAUAAGUAUGGUGGAGUGAUGCUGCUUCAGCUAGGCAGUAAACCCACGCUAGUAAUUUCUUCUGCUAACACAGCGGAAGAAAUCAGGAAACGAGACCUCGAUUUCGCGGAUAGGAUUCCUCUAAUUGUUGCUGGAAGAUUGAGCUACAACUUCAAGGAUAUGGCUCUUUCACCCUACGGGGAAUAUUGGAGGCAGCUGAGAUUCCUUUGUGUGUCGCAGCUUCUAAGUAACAAACGGGUUCAAUCAUUCAGAAGCAUACGUGAAGCCGAGAUCGCGACAAUGUUGGGAAACAUAAGGGAAUCUUGUGUAUCAUGUUCAGUCAUAUGUAUCAGUGACAUGUUAGCAACACUCAACAAUAACAUAGUUUCAUUGGGAACCAUAGGAAGGAGGUAUUCCGAAGAGAAAAAAGGAAGUCAAUUUAUGGCUUUAUUUCACGAGUGCUCCAUACUGUGCGCAUGUGUAAAUAUAGCUGAUUUCAUUCCUUGGCUUGGAUGGAUUAAUCACAUUAAUGGGAUGGAGUCAAAGGUGGCUAGGCUUGUCAAAGUAGUCGAUCAAUAUUUGGAAAGUAUUCUUCAAGAAGGGCUCCAAAGAAGGAAAGUAGUGAACACUGAGCAGCAAGGCCACCAAAAUCUCUUGGAUGUCUUGCUUAACCUCCAACAUGAGAAUACCAGUGGUUCGAUUCUUGAUCGGGAUUCAAUUAAAGCUGUCAUACUGAACAUGAUUGUUGGGGGAACAGACACAACAUAUGCACUUCUGGAUUGGGCACUCUCGGAGCUUCUAAAGAAUCCAAGUGCUAUGACUAGGUUACAAAACGAGGUGAGACAAUUCUCGGGUUUCAAAUCAGAUGGCAUUAUCACCGAGGAUGAUUUAGGGAAAUUCCCUUAUCUGAAAGCAGUUAUCAAAGAAACUCUCCGUCUGCAUCCUCCUGCUUCGAUCCUUGUUCGGAAAUCAAGCCAAGCGGUUAAAUUUCUUGGGUAUGAUAUUGAGCAAGGAACUCAAGUCUACAUUAAUACUUGGGCUAUUGGUCGAGACCCACAACAUUGGGAAAACGCUGAUGAAUUUCAACCUGAGAGAUUCUUAAAUAGCAAUGUUGAUUUUAAAGGGCAACAUGCUGAGUUCUUACCUUUUGGUGUUGGUAGAAGAAGUUGUCCUGGUUCUGCUUUUGGCUUAGUCAUAGCUGAACUAGCACUUGCAAAUUUGGUUUGUCACUUCAAUUUUUCUCUACCUAAUGGGAAAAGAUCCGAGGAACUAGAUAUGACAGAUGCUUACGGUCUUGUGACCGUUAGGAAAAAUCCUCUACUUCUUGUUGCAAGUGUUCCAAGUUAA